CUGAGAACAUUCACCGUUGGAUCCGAGUUUUCCCAAAAUACCUUGCCUUAGUUCUCCGCCUUGAUAUUGACCCAGUCCGGUCCGAAACACCAAACAAAACAGAAAACAGACUCACAACACAAAUUCUACACAAAACCAAAGCCUCUGUCUUCCUCUCGGAGUUGGUUACUGUCUCCCUUUAAAAGUAAAGGACUUCCUCCAGAUCUCUUCUGUUUGUUCACUCUAGGGUUAUUCCGCUUUGGCGAUGGAGAGGGAGCUAGUGGAUUUGUUCGAGGCAGCCAAGAAAGCGGCUGAUUUGGCCUCCACCGAUGCCGUUUCCUCCAACGGCCCUGAGGUUUCCAGAUGCGUCGACGCCUUGAAGCAGCUCAAGGCUUUCCCUGUCACUUACGAUAUUCUUGUUUCUACUCAGGUUGGAAAAAAGCUUCGGCCUCUCACAAAGCAUCCUAGGGAGAAUAUCCAUACUGUGGCUUCUGACUUGCUUGAGUUGUGGAAAAAAAUUGUUAUUGAAGAGACUACCAAGAGUAAGAAAAAUGGCACCACUAGUGCUGUCAAGGUUGAGAAAAUUCAGAAGCCAAGUGCUGUGACGGCCGAAAAGAUCUCCAAUACAGAAACGGUAAAGAUUGAGAAAGUAUCUAAAAGUGAUUCAACAAAACCCAUCAAAGUUGAGAAAAACGAAGCAAAUGGAGAUACUGUAAUGUCUGAGAAAACAGAUCGGAGAGAGACUGUUAAGGUUGAAAAGACUUAUAGGGAUGAGAGACAAGCAUCGGAUGUAAAGAAACCAUCACAGCCACCUGCGGGUCCCCCUAAAUUGACGUCAAUGGUUAAAUGUAAUGAUCCUUUGCGUGACAAAUUUCGGGAGAUUCUUGUAGAGGCCUUGUCUAAAGUUCCCAGUGAGGCUGAUGAGGACAUAUUGGAUCAAGUGAACGCUUGUGAUCCCAUCCGGGUUGCUGUAUCUGUAGAAUCUGUGAUGUUUGAAAAGAUGGGUAGAUCUAAUGGCACCCAGAAAUUUAAGUACAGAUCUAUAAUGUUCAACAUGAAGGAUCCAAACAACCCAGAUUUAAGGAGGAAGGUUCUUCUGGGAGAAGUGAAGCCCGAAAGGCUUAUUACUAUGACCCCAGAGGAAAUGGCCAGCGAGCAAAGGCAACGUGAAAACAAUGAAAUUAAAGAAAAAGCUCUAUUUGAUUGUGAACGUGGAGGAGCACCAAAGGCGACAACGGAUCAAUUUAAGUGUGGUCGUUGCGGUCAACGCAAGACCACUUACUAUCAAAUGCAGACAAGGAGUGCAGAUGAACCUAUGACAACCUAUGUAACGUGUGUAAACUGCAACAACCGUUGGAAAUUCUGUUAGUGGAAUCAGGAGAUCUGUCAUUCAGGCAGCGCACAUGUAGGGUUGAUCAUCUUGGAUGCUUCUAUUCCAUUUUUCUUGAGUUUGUGGUCAUUGACUUUGAAAUAAACUUUCAUUCGUAUUUAUCCGCUGUAGGCACUUUCAUUUAGAGAUAACUAGGUGUUUGAGGGAUGAUUGUGCAAAAUCAUGACUCAGAUGUUUCACAUCUUAGGUGCUUCCAUACCUUCCACUCUUCCUGAACACAGAGGCCCGCCUUGUUGCAAAGAUGAGCUUGGAUGCAACUAGAAACUCAUGUUGGCUAUAUGUUAAUGUCAGCGUCUGGUUGUAGAAGGCAUCUCAUGUGAAGUGCAUCAUGCUUGUUUUUUUUAUCAUUACCCCUUUAGAUGUAUUCUUUUCCUAAGGGUAGGGAGGAUGCUAGUUGUAGAAUUAGGCCUGCUUAAUUUCUUAGCGUACCAACAACAGUGCUAUAUAGAGGCAUGCUUUGAGUUU